AACAUCCAGAUCGGGGUUAGCUGCCGAGGAAAACUCAACAGGGAGGGCUGAGGGACACUCACGGGGGUCUGAGGAAGGGCGGGGCACGUGCAAAACUGAAAAGAGCCCGGGGCUUGGAAUCUAAAGGUAUCGGUUUGUCUCGACAUGUGCCAUGGGGGUAAUCACUUUCCCUCUCAGUCUUUUUCUUCUUCUGCAAACGAAGGGUAAUAAUAGCUGGCACGUAGAUUACGCUUUAAGGUUUAACAAUGGACUUUAUGCACUAUCUCAUUUGAUCACAACAGCUUUGUGAAAUAGGCGCUACUAUUAUUCCCAUUUUACGGAUGAGGAAACUAAGGCUGAGAGGGAUUAAGUGACUUGCUCAAAAUCACACUGCACUUACGUAUUGGAGGCAGGAUUUGAACUCAGAUUUUUCACUCAACUGUUAUCCACGAUCACCUGGCUCUGACUAGUUAAUGGGGUCGUUGUGAGGAAAACUGAGUAAUUGCGGCUUAUGGUCAGUCUUCUCGAUCCCUGCUUGCAAGGGUGGAGGAAGUAGAAGGGGAUCCACAGGAUGGGGAUUUAUGUUCGAUUUGCCUUUGGAGACUGGUGUCCCUGGGUUAUGUGGGCUGCUGCUGAUGGCUCAGGAGGAAUCCUCCCUCCAACGCCCCCAAGCCUCACACUUGGGACUUGGAAAAACUGUAGGGAUGGUAAGGGUAGGGCCGGAUAGAGAAAGCGAGAGACUCGGUACCAGCCGGAGCAGUCUCCAUUUCCCUAGCGCUUUAAAUCUGACAGAGCGAUUGACAAAUGUAUCUCAUGGCGAUGGGACCAGCCCACUGACACCCAAUUAGUGUCAGAGCCACGAUUUUGAACCGGGUCCUCUGGCACUGAAUCCAAGGUUUCCGCUACCGCAAACUUCCAGUGCCUGGGAGUGGAAGGAGGAGGGGGAUUUCGCAGGUCCAGCUGCCACCUCCGCCCCCGAACUCAGCCGCGCCCAGUUUGACGGUCUGUCCCGGGAAACUUUUUAGCCUCCUCUACCUCCAGAGCUGUCAUAUUGGGAGCUCUAAGGGCGAAGGAGGACCUGGCUCUCCCCAAAAACCGAAACAAUUGAUAGACCAUCCUGCUCUCCCAAAAGAGGGGAUCUCCAGGGUUGAUGACCUCAGGGUCAGAGGGCAACACUUGCGAAGCCCAGAGAGGGCUACAGACCCCUGACUAAUGACACCCGCACCCACAGUGGACUGACCGGCCUCCACCCCGCAGCUUCCUCGGGCCUCGGCCCCGCCCAGUCUGGUGAUUGGCUACUGUCCCCCUGCUGAUUUGAAUGAACCAUUCAGAUCUCCACUAGGGGCUCUAGAACCCUACCCAUUUAACUCCUUCACUGCCGCGAGGCGGUUGGUAUAAGUGGAAAAGAAGCGCUAGGUUCCCAAAGGGCAGCCAGACUUAAGUUGUUGGCAGGCCGUGUCAAAGUCCGGGUGUAGCCCCAAGAGUGAGCCCCUGAUUCCUUGGAUUCUACGGGGGCUCCGGGAGCUACCGAGUCGGCGUUGGGGCGACGAUGGAGGCGGAGAAAAGGUCCCCGAAGCCCCACCCCGAAUUAGGGCCCUAGGCUCCUGAACCCCGCCGAGCCCAACAGGGAGCCCCGCGCCUCGAAAUGAUCUGCGCUCUAGCGGGGGCCACGGGGGCCGCCCCCCUCCAAGUUCCGGGCAAAACGGAAUCGAGAGAAAGCCCACGGAGCUGAAGGAAAAGGCGGAAGGUCACGGCCUCGGGUUCGGUCCGGGCUCCGGGUCCGGUUAGUAAGUGACGGACCCGCCCAAAGGGCGGCGACUCUCAGGCCCGGUUGUGGCUGAGCCCUGGAUUCCGAGGUCGAGACACAAUUUAUUCCGGACCAGAAACCAGCUCCAGUCCCACUGCAGAAGGAUUGAAGGAUAAGGACCUUUGAAACUCAACCACCUUCCCAAUGGCUGAACUAUGGAAAUACCUCCCUGAAGAAUUAUUGUCUUUGAUCUUCCGGUACUUGUCCCUUCGUGACCGAUAUGCAGUUUCUCAAGUCUGCCAGGCUUGGGCCACUGCUGUCAACUCAAGCUCUGUGUGGUACAUCACAGAUAUCAGCUGCGAACUGGAGAUAGAUGAGGCGGCCUUGAAUCGUCUGGCUCCCUGCCUGGGUCAGAUCCGCCACCUGGGGCUGGAGUUUGACCCAUCCAAGAAGGGGAGCCGUCGGGCGGCCACGGAGCUGCUAGCCGCGUUGGCCCGGCAGGGCCCCGGCCUGCAGGGGCUGCGCAUCGCUUGCAGAGGCGAGAACCCGCUCUUCUAUUCCGGACAGGACAUCCUGAGCGGACUGCUCCAAGUGUGCGUGGCGGGGCCGGGCCUGUGCGCGCUCAGACAGCUGGAUCUCCGGAGCAUGCCGUUCACUCUGGACGACGGGCUGGUGCUGCAGGUGGCGCGGGCCUGCCCGGAGCUCCGAGGCCUUUUCCUCAACAACCGGACGCUGGUGUGCAACGUGCGGCCCGAGACGGUGCGCAUCGUCCUGGCUGCCUGCCCUCACCUGUGCGCGCUCGGUCUCUACUACGCCAGCCUGUCAGCCCAGGUGCUGGCCGCCCUCUGCGAGCCGGGCCGCCCGCCCUUCCAGCACCUGGCGGUCUUCUGCGCGCGGCCCGACAACUACGCCGAGGGCAUACCCGACGACGCGUGGGCUGCCACCCGCAGGCGGCACCCGGGGCUCGCGGUGGACCUGGAGCUGGACCACACGGUGCCCGACGAGCGGGUCACGCUCCUCCUGCAGCCCGCCAUCCCCGUGACCACGCUGAGGCUCAACACGUUCGGCGACGUGGCCGAGGCAGUGCGCCUGGCCGGCCACCACUACGCCGCCACGCUGACCGCGCUGGUCGUGCGCGCCACGGCCUCGGCCGCCCUGAACUCGGCGCUGGAGGAGCUGGCCCGGGGCUGCGGCCUCCUGCGCGAGGUGCACUGCUACUGCGUGGUGGCGCCCGCCGUGGAGAGCGCCUUCCUCAGCCACUGCCCCGCCCUCCGCAGCUACACGCUCAAGGUCUCCCUGGAGCCGCAUCCCUGGCGGCCCAAGGUCGUCAGGUGACCGGCUUUCCCGCGGCCGGCCGAGAGCAGCGGGUCUGCACCGCCCGCUCCCCGCCCUCCGGGCCUCCCACCAUCUCCAGCCGCCCUGAUCUAUAGAUCUGGCCCCUGCCCCCAGUGCCCCGGAGGGGAAAGUGAGGCUCCCGCGCGUGUGACAGCAUCGCCUCCCUAAGGCCGCGAGCUUCGUCCACAACAAAGGACAAAUCUAGACAGUUGUGGUGGAGGAGAUCAAGUUCAAACCCAACUUCGCCUCUUCUUUGCUGUGUAGCCCAAGGCAAGUCUCCUCCUUAGCUCAGGCCUCUUUCCCUUCUCUGAAAAGGAGUUUGAUUUAAUUAAUCCCCCAAGUCCCCUCCAGUUCCAGACUCCAAGAUUCUCACAGACCGGUUAGUACCCAUUUCCAGGAUUUUAGGGACUUAGCUGUGAGAACGAGAGAAUGUCUGUUCCUGAGUGCUUACAUACGGGGUUAGAACCCUAGAAAAGCACAUGGGGGAGAGGAGGAAGGAGAUCCAGAAACCACUUAAGUCCGGCUCCCUCAUUUUAUGGAUGAGGUUCAGGAGGAAGAUGCAGGUCGCCCGUGGCCACCCCAAUUGAUGCCAGAGAAUCGUAGCCACUGAGGUGGACACCAUCCUCCCUGGGCAAUAUGAUUUUCUAUGACCCAAGCCCUGGAAUCUCUGAGUCUCUUUAUGUUUCUCAACAGAAAUGAAUGGGUGCCACUUUAGCCAAACAGAUCUGUUAAAAAAAAUCUUGUAUCCCAUUCCAUCCAGGGCCAUCUUCAGUCACUCUGAUCUCUGGAUCACUGGGCCACCAGACCCAGAUGGCUCUGAAGGAAAAAGUGAGGCAGGUGACCCCCCCCCCCAUUUAAAUCCAAUUCACUUGCAUGUCAUCUCAUCAUCUCCCUGAUGUCAUGGGCCUCUCAGGACAAACAGUUCAGGAGGCCUCCCUUUCUACUGGGUCCCAAGAGGCAAGGAGGUGGAGGGUUAAGAGCACUGGAAAGAAUUAUAGCAACACAAUCCCUCCCUUCAAAUCCAUGCGCCUUUCUUCUGUGACCCAGAUGUGGUGGACGUGCAAGUGCACAAGCUCACGCCCACACACAUGCAGACACAAGGCAAGGCACAAGCAUGCUCAGAGGAAAAGCACUAGCUUAGGAAUCCGGACGACUAGUUCUGUUCUUCACAAACCAUCUUGACCAAGUCACCUUCCUCCCAGGCCUCUUAUAAAAUAAGAAUGUUGAUCUAGAA